AGGAGGACGGUGUGCAACGACGAGGAGUCGUCGUAGUAGCUCGUCCAAGUUCGACCGUAGACGGCGACGGUAUCGUGCCGCGUGUAUCUCGCGCGGAUCCCUCCUCGGCACGGCAAGGACGCUCUUCAAAGAGCGUCCAGGUACGAAAGAGAAGUGCGCGAGUGACCGAACGUAGGGGAGGAUUAAUCCGGUGUGAUUAUUUUCUUGCGGUGUCGUUUGUCGAGGAGGAGAGGAAGAAAGGAAGUUAUGUCGAUGAUAUUGCGAGGAUAAGUGCGAUCAAUCGUCAAAUUUUAAACAGAGAAUACAUAAUACGAUAUAGAAAGAGAGGAUAAGAGUAAGAGAUAGAGAGAAUAAUUAAAAGAAACAAAAGUAAAAUACACAAAAUUGGUGUUGGUGAAAAUUAUGAGUUACGAGGAUCGUCGAGUGCUACUAGCACGAGAUAAGAGAUAGGCCAGAGAAAUGCCAUCGGGUCGACGUGGUAUCGGUGGAUCUCGGCCGGUCUCUCGGUUCUAAAGUUUUUUUACGUCAAAAGUGGAAGUAGCGAAAUAAGAAGGUUAGACCAAGGUGAUCUUUAUUAAGGAGAAAAAUUAAGAGAGAAAGAAGGAAGGAAGGAAGACGGAAGGAAAGAAGGAAGGAAGGAAGGAAGGAAGGAAGGAUAUACAGCAGCAAGGGCGAGGAGAAUCGAAAGAUUUGCCGUAGCGCGCUCAGCUUCCGGGAUUCGUGGGUGUUUUUACGCGCUCGGCGUGGAUCGAUAGCCGUCUCUCGCGAGCUCGGUUCAGCUUUGACGACGUCCGCGGCGUCAACAGGACGACGACGACGACAACGACUACGACGAGGAGUUGGUUCGAAGGACAAGUCAUUUUUAUUGAAGCUUGGACGCGAAAUAAUCGCGUGUAUUACUUACAAGAAGUGGGAGAAAUAAGGGAAGGAAGUAGUAGGAAGAGAAAGAGGAAGAAGGUGAGGAGAGGAUAGGACAGGAUAGGAUACAAGAAGAAAGGGCCGAGUUCCGGUGAUAUAUGGGGGACUUCGGCACAACCAGUCUCUUCUCGAGUACCUUGUCCGGGCCAAAAUCGUCGAUCGGUAGUAGUUCGAGCGCGGCCAUAUCCCUGUCAACGUCCACCAUGCAGGACGACCUGCUGAUCGAAAAGCAGAGCACGGGAAAGCCGGCGCCUCUCUCGCCGAGCGCUGCCCUCGAUAACGUCGGCGGUCCUCAGGAGAAGUCCAAGGACGCGGUUGAGGUCGAGAGUAUUGCUAUAACAUCGACGACGCCCUCUUCUACGGAAAAGGAGAUAAUCGCGUGUAGCACGACCUCGGCCCUUCAAGGUUUUAGCGAUCCGGCCAGGGUACCGAGUCUUUGGGCAGACGACACCACGGGUUUGGAUCUGCCGGUGAACGGUUCGAUCGCUGCUUUUCAAAAUUUUCCUACCGGAGGUCCGGCCGGCUUUUUUGCCGGCACAGCUGCGGCCGUUUCAACGAAUACUCGACGAGCGAUCACGGCUAGUCAUAAUUUUCCACAACAACACGGUAACGUGGGCGCUGGGGCGCCAACCACAAGGCACGGCCUUCCCGUAUCUACACCUCAGCAACAGCAGCAACAACAACAGCAACAACAGCAGCAACAACAGCAGCAACAACAACAACAACAUCAACAACAACAACAACAACCACCACCAACCUCACAUCCAGGGGUUUAUCUACCUAGUAAAAGUUAUGCCGCGUGGUCAGGUGGGCCUCAAGCACCACAACAAUGGGGCGGAGGACCCCAAACGGCCGCUGCUGUCGCUAGUCAAGGUCUUUCUCCUUGGAGUCGUGGUAGGUCCGUUCCAAAUCUACCACCUCUGCACUCCUCUCUUCACGCUGCCGCUGCUGCUGCUGCUGUCGCUGGUCUUCAAGGAAGAAAACCAAGUCCCACGUUUCCUGGACAUCCUGGACCUGCUGCUCAUCCUUCCUGCAUAAGCCCGGUCAGGCAAUUUCGCAGGAGCACGUCUUAUCCUGGAAAGGGUAACAUCUAUCCACCUCAGCCGGCGCCAACGUUCGAGGUCACCGCUGCGGAGGAGAGGGACCUGCUGUUACCGCCCUUUCAGCAGGAUCGCAUGACGGCCAAUGGAAAUUCACCGUUGGACAGUAUGCGAACAUUGGAACAUUACCUGAACGACAUCAUGCGAGCUGGUGCUGCGGAUACACCUGAACAUCUGAAAGGUAUGUACGUGAGUUUUCAAAGACAAUUAAAUCAACGAGAAAGAUCUCAGAUCAUUGGUGAGUCAUUGACAUAUGCAUAA